AUGAUCCAACGGGCAUAUUCAAGCGAAAACAUUGCCCUGGAUGCCUCACAGCAGUACCCGCGCACUGUCCCCCACAAGUCCACCAUCCAAUCAUUAGACCUCAACGAUCCCAAUGGCCGUUCGAACCGGAGUCCCAGUGCUGGGUAUAGUAUCCUCAAUAAAGCCAAUAGCACCAGCAACUCCGAUCUGUACAUGGCCCGAUUCUCGAGCAGAGACAGUACGAUCCACCGAGUUGACAGCAACGGCUCUUUGUCUGGCUCGCGCCACCUUUUAAGGCCCAUAGCCACACCACACCAACGAAUGGCAGAGGAAAUACCACCGCCCACAACUACCACGGCCACAGCACUUGCAGAAGCUAUUACGCUCAAUCGUGUUCCGGAGACUGAAAAAGGAUUGAGCACUGAUUCCGUGAAUAAGCCGGCUCCGAAUGCGUUACAACACAAGAAAAGUAAGCUUAAAAUCCGGUUGCUUGACACUCGCAGUUGACAUUUGCAUUUAUUAGUGCUUUUAGAACCUGGCCGAAGGCUCCUCAGAUAUUGUUUGUACCCCUAAAUUGCUACCCUUGGUUGUUUUUUGAUUUCGCAGCGAAAAAGAAGAAAAGUAAGCGCCAGUUGAUACAGACACAUUCUCAUCAUAGGUGACAAUCGACAUAGUAGUCGCUAUGUCUGUAAGGCUAAGUAAAAGAGUGAUUCUUGCGAGCAUUCAGGCGUCUCAGUACGGAGGUGUGCCGCGGUUCAAGCAGCAUGGUCACGAUGUUUCACCGCUGAUAGGGAUAAAUUCCGACAGAAAAAGACGUGGAUUGCUAGUUGUAAUUCAUAAAAUAAACUAGCAGAUUUGUAGUAGUACAAUUCGUUUUUAAAAGAAAAUCGCGUGCGCAAGGCGUUUGUAUGAGCAUAUCCGAGCAUAACCGUAUACGCAAUGUGGAAACAGUGUGAGGCACCCGAAGAAUAGUGCGGCCUGCCAAUCAGACCGACCCCCCAGAGGCCCAGACUACUAGUAGAAAUUUCUAGCACAGGCUUGAAUUUGACAUGAAAAAGCAAUUUCUCUUCUUGAAAAUUCUUAUACCGUGUUCGAAUUAUAGUAAACAAUCUUUUGUCGCGAGAUGGCGAUGGUUAUCGGUACACAUGUCUGCCUGACAUCUGGCACUUGAGGAGUAUAUAUGUAAUAUGCAUGUCAGCAGAUGUUACGAUCCGACUUGAAUGUGCAUUGUAUGACAUAUGCACAUCGUAAACUACAAAUAUGAUUGGGGUACUUUGUAGAGUAUGUGUGCACAUGGCCUUCUGGCUUCUUGUUCGUUUAGAAUGCUAUGGAUGAAGUUGUCUGUCAUGACUCAUGAAUCAAGAAGAAUCCCUUAGACAGUAUUCUUGUUCGUUGAGCUGCU